AUGUCUCCAGAGUUGAAUGGGGUGUCAGAGGUGCAAGGGGCCAGUGUUGGCCUGUGUUCCAGCAGUAACUCCAAUCUCCCCACAGUGCCCAGUGAGGAAGUCAGUGGUGUGGGGAAGUUGACCAGCUGGGCUUUAAACCAGGAGUCUCGCUCCAUCUACAACACCUACCUCUCAGGCAGUGCUUCCCAUCCCAUCAACAUUGAUGAGGAGCGGGACGUGAGAAACCCUCACCUUGACAUGUAUCACAAGACCCCAAAACAGGUCUUCAAGCUGAUGAAGUUUGACAGCUACACGCGCUUUGUUCGCUCCCAGCCCUACCAGAGCUGCAUGUCUGCCAAUGUGGAGGGCAGGCCUCUACCUGACCUGGGACCCUGCUCGAAGAGCACAGCAACCAGGAAAACUGCUGGGACUGACAGCGCCUCACUCAGUGACAGGCACAAGGCUGACCAGAAACCACAAAAGAAACCAAAGGUCAAACCAAGAAAUGAUCUUCCUUUGGAUGUGGAUGAGGGAGCAGAGAAGAAGAUGAAAGCUCUACAGAACAAGUUGACCAGAGACAAACUUCAGGAAAAGAGGUGCUGGUGGGGAGAAGAGCUUGCUGACCAUGCUGCAGUCUUACAGAGCAGUGCCAGGCCGGGGUCUCUCCUCGAUGCAGUAGAGCAGUUGGAGAGAGAGCGUUGGCGUGCGGGCCAGGCUGAGAACUGCUGUGUGUUCCUACCUGACGGUACUGCCUCCCUGGCUCCAGCCCGUGCUGGACAUUCCAUCCACACCAUGCUGACUGGGCUCUAUGACAAGAAAGGCUUCCCCCUCUUGGAUGUCAUCAUCUACCUGCAGGGCAAGGACAAGUUGAGCCUCAGUCAGAGUUGGCUCCUACAUGCAGGGCAAGGACAAGUUGAGCCUCAGUCAGAGUUGGCUCCUACAUGCAGGGCAAGGACAAGUUGAGCCUCAGUCAGAGUUGGCUCCUACAUGCAGGGCAAGGACAAGUUGAGCCUCAGUCAGAGUUGGCUCCUACAUGCAGGGCAAGGACAAGUUGAGCCUCAGUCAGAGUUGGCUCCUACAUGCAGGGCAAGGACAAGUUGAGCCUCAGUC